AUGUGGCUACUAUGUCUACUAUUGCUACCAGGAUUCAUCUACGGCCAUGCCUUUGACGUAUCUUUCCUGCCCAACUACUACAAACCCGGUGAUAAAGUCGACUUACUAGUCAAUAAAGUCGAAUCAGAUUCAACACAACUUCCAUACAGUUACUACUCCCUCCCGUUUGUCUGUCCACCCAUGGGCGAUGCCCACCCAGUGCACUUGUCCCUUGGGGAAAUACUACGAGGCGAUCGCAUCUGGCUGAGUUCGUACGACUUGAAGUUCGGAAUCGAUGCCCCCUGUAGUCGUCUUUGCGAUUUGCGGACCAGCGAAACGGGACUUAAGCGGGCCGAUGUGUUGAUCAAGAGUGGGUAUGUCGUCCAGUGGUUGAUUGACGGGUUGCCUGGUGCUACUACUUUUGAAAGCUCAAACCGAAACAGGAAAUACUAUGCCGCAGGGUUCCCCUUGGGGUUUGUCAAGGACGAUGUCAGUUAUAUCUAUAAUCACUUCAUGUUGGUUAUAAGGUAUCAUCGUGAGACAAACGGUAAAUAUACUAUUGUCGGUUUUGAAGUGUAUCCCAAAAGUGUCCUGAAUGAACAAUGUCCUGGUUCGUCCAAGAAUUACAAAAACUUUGCCAUAAAGUAUAGUGCAGACAAGGAUGGCAACUUGAUUCACCAAAAGACCCUUAUUCCAUAUACUUACGCAGUAUACUGGAGAGAAGACAACUCGGUGGAUUACGAUUCCCGUUGGGAUUUGUACUAUGAAAAUGAAACUAAUGGAGCACACGUGCACAUCCAUUGGAUCUCCUUUAUCAAUUCCAUCAUCUUGAUCUUUUUAGGCUCAUUGAUUGUCAUGAUUGUCUUAGUCAAGGUUUUGAAAAAGGAUAUCCCGCCCGCGGGUACUAAAUCACCAUUGCCAAUGCACGAAUUUGACACUAGUGCCCCGGAUAGUACCUGGAGGCGUUUGUUCGAUGACGUUCAUCGUGUUCCUCCAGCUACACUCUUGUUGACGGUAUUAGUAUCUGGUGGUAUUCAAAUGUUGAUUGCUAGUGUUGGUGUAGUCUCUAUAUUCGUGUUUGAUUCCUUUGGUGGGACCAGAUUCACCAUAUUCACCAAUCACCGCGGUCAAACUUUCUCGCUUAUGAUAUUCUGUUUUAUUGGUUCGGCAUUGGUAUCCUCAUACUCGGGGAUAAUCUUGUAUAAGGUGUUCAACGGUGAUCCCUUGAACCAACAGUAUCCUCGAGGAAGAACAAUCAAACUAUCCCUCCUUUUCAGCGGCAUGUUGCCUAUGUUCAUAUUUAUUGUUGUUCUCCUAUUGAACUUCUUCGUCUGGGCCAAAGAAUCCUCCACGGCACUUCCCUUCGGAACAAUCAUGAUCCUCAUAUUGUUAUUUACCCUCAUUCAAUGUCCACUUGGCAUAAUAGGGGCCAUAUACGGAAACAAGCGCAAAUUCAACACUUCCAAAAACUCCUCCCUUUCAACCACACCCUUGGACAGACCUGUAUCGCCGGAAAAGAUCCAUACUGUGCUGCCUGCAUUUUCUUGGAUACCAGCAUACAUAACGCGCACAUUAACCUACGGUCUUAUCCCCUUUGGCAUUGUGUUUGUUGAACUUCUGUUCAUUUUCCAAUCGGUGUGGUUGGAAAAGACGACUUUUUACUACAUGUACGGCUUCCUUCUCGUCACCAUCAUCAUGCUAAUCAUCAUAAUCGUGGAAUCGACAAUCAUAGCGCAUUACAUCCUGCUUAUGAUUUACCAGGAUUCCAACUGGACCUGGCUUAGUUUCCAAGUGGGGAGUAGUAUCGGAUGGUACGUUUUCGCGUACUCGAUAUACUAUUAUUUCACAGUGUUGAAUGUGGGUGAUUUUGUCAGUGGGGUGUUGUACUUUGGGUACAUGGCUUGUGCAUGUUUGAUUAUGGGUGUGACCUGUGGGAGUAUAGGUGUAUUAACAGGGUUGGCAUUUGUAAAAAGAGUAUACGGGGCUAUUAAAGUAGACUAA